AUGUCUUCUGCAAGCUAUUCGAUCCACAAACCGUUUCUAAUUGAGCUCUGGCCGUUAUUUGACUCUGCUGUGGCCUCCGUCACAAACGGUCGCUUUGUGCCCUCUGAGUUCCAGUUUGUGCCAGGCGAAACCACCUUCAGCACGUUUCCUGCUGUUGCAACUGCUAUUGCCGUGUAUUAUACUGUCAUCUUUGGAGGUAACUAUCUCUUUAAGAGGUUCGGCAUUAAGCCGCUUGUUUUGAAUGGUUUAUUCCAGCUUCACAACUUGCUCCUCACAUCAAUUUCGUUGACUUUGUUGACGUUGAUGAUGGAACAGCUUAUUCCUAUGAUUUAUAAGCAUGGCCUUUUCUAUGCCAUCUGUCACCCUGAUGCAUGGACACAGCCUUUGGUGACCUUGUACUACUUAAACUACUUGACAAAGUUCUGCGAGUUUCUUGACACUGUGUUUUUGGUGGUGAAGCAAAAGAAAUUGACCUUCUUGCACACAUAUCAUCAUGGUGCCACGGCUUUGUUGUGCUACACUCAGUUGAUUGGCUUGACUCCAAUUUCAUGGGUUCCAAUCACCUUGAAUUUGGGCGUUCAUGUCGUUAUGUACUGGUACUACUUCUUGGCUGCUAGAGGUAUCCGUGUCUGGUGGAAGGAAUGGGUCACACGUUUCCAGAUCAUUCAGUUUAUCUUAGACUUGGGUUUCGUCUACUUUGCCACGUAUCAAAAGAUCAUCUUUACCUAUUUCCCUCAUUACAUUGGAACUUUGCCUGUCUGUGGCGACUGCGCGGGCACCAUGUUGGCCGCCUACUCUGGUUGCGGUAUUUUGUCGUCUUAUCUCGUUUUGUUUAUUGCCUUCUACAUUGAGGUGUACAGGAGAAAGUCUACUAAAAAGUCGCAAAGGGUCAGGUCUGCCCUGGGUGGCGUUGCAGCUAAAGUCAAUGAGUACGUGCAUGCCUCUGGAAAGAACAACUCGCCAGUUCCUGGUAUUCGCAAAAGAAAAUGA